UCACUAUGUCAAAAUUUAUCAGUCAAUCAAAUAUUUUCUCACCAUUUGUUGGAUAAUCGCGACGAAUAUUGAAAUUAUCUCUGCUGGAACAUCUUUACAACCAUCAUGUAUAAAGUAAUCGCUGCUCGAACGGCCAGUCUAUCAAAAAACGCGCUUUCUAGGUCCCUGCCAGCGUUUUCAACAUGCAGUGCAAAUUUCCAAGUGGACCCAACAAGCCGUAAAGAGGCUCCGAGAAUUGAUAAUGACAAAGCUUUGCUUAAACCCAGUGAGACCAUCAACCAGGCUGCUAUGGAAGGAAAAAUUACCGUGCCUAAAAAGGUGGACCUGACCCCUAUCACGGGUGUGCCCGAGGAGCACGUGAAGACCAGGAGGGUCCGCAUAUACAAGCCGCCCAAGAACGCCAUGCAGAGCGGCACCAGCAACAUCCAGCACUGGGAGAUGGAGUUCGACACCCGCCAACGCUGGGAGAACCCUCUCAUGGGCUGGACCUCCACCGGGGACCCUCUGUCCAACAUGAAGAUCCACUUCUCCUCCCCCGAGGACGCCAUCCAGCACUGCGAGAAGAACGGCUGGUCCUGGUACCUCGACACUCCAAAGAUAGAGAAAGUUGUCAGGCCCAAGAACUACGGAGUCAACUUUGCCUGGAACCGCCGCACCAGGGUCUCCACCAAGUGAAUAUGUUAGUACCACUCAAUUGUUGAAUUAUUUUAAAUACUUACCAGCUUAGAUUUUAAAUAGAAAAUUUAUUUCAGUAAUAAAUUAUGGCAUAUUGA